UUGUAGCCGCGCGGUCACGUGAAAAAAUACCUCCCCCCGGUAGGGCGAGCGUCACGUGGCCGGAAGAAGGGCAGGGAGGGGAAGAAGCACGAGAGAGCGGCGGAGACAGGCGGGCAGGGGUCGCCGAAGGGCCUCGCCCGACGCCGCAUGUGACCCGCCAGGCCAGGCCGCUCUCCGGACGCCGCCAUGGGGUGUUGCUACAGCAGCGAGAACGAGGCCUCGGACCAGGUGAGAGGGGAGGGGAGGCCUUGCCUCUCGGCUGGGCGGGCGGUUCUGAGGCUCGGGUGGUCGGUCCCUGGGGCCGGGCGAGGGGCCUCUGCGGGUCCCCCUGACCCCUUCGAGGAGGCGCUGACAUACAAGCUACGGCACCAGGAGAACCGUGACUUCAAAGAUGAACGGGAGCCCUUUACAAAGUAUUUGAAGACGCAGCAGAGCGAACUGGACUCCUUGGCUGGCUCGGAAUCAACCGCCACAAACUUUUUUAUUGAUCAUAAUCAGCUAAAUAGUUUGAGGAUCUGUACAACUGCGUAAAAAAGCAUUCUUUGAGAAAUCGAAGACUGGAACUGAGGGAAGUCGGGGGUGGGUGGGUGGGGGGAGGGAGGAAAAAGGGGAGGGGGAAGUAAGGAUGUUCUGUUUCUGGAUAAUAUGUUUUGUUUUAAUAAAAUAAUUUUAAAAGAAAAAGAGGAGGCGCUUCCCUCCCAGGCCUGGUGCGCGUGGAGACCCUCGGAGCCAACUCCCAGGGGCCGAGGUCCCUUUGCGCCCCCCAAUUCAAGCUUUGCCCUCCUCCUGGCGAAGGGCAUGGCCCUUCAGAGGGUGUGCAUGUGACCAAUUAUGCGGGGUGGGGCCUAGCCCUCCCCCCCAAAUAUUGUGUCCAAGUAGCCACCCCUGGGGGAGACCCCCGCCAUGCCUGCGCCUCGGCAUAUGCUUUUGGGCUCUGAGCAUGUGCCCAGAAAUGCAUUGCUGGGGAGCAAGAAGGAAGCCGAGGAAAUCGGGCUUGGGGAGGCGUGGGAAGGAAUCGCCCUGCUGGCCUCCAUCUUUCGCACCCUGAGUCUUCCUCCACCUCCUUUGUCACUGUGGUUUCUCCGCCUAUUGCUCUUUCCUGCGCCCCGUUCUCUUAUUGUCAUUUGUGAAAGUUUGUUCCUUCACAUUAUCAUGCCUUAGUAAGGAGAAGAGAUGUGCAACUUGCAGGCAAGGCUCUCUCUUGUCUUCUUCAGUCUCCUGAUCUCAUAUAGCACGGUCUGUGGUGCUAUAUGCCCCUAGUACCUGUUGCUCCAGAGUUUAAGAAAUUUAUCUUGGGGGGGAAAACACGCCACCGCUGUUCAGUUCUCAUUGCCUUUCUUGGUUUCUGGCAAAGCCUCCAGUUGGGUCUGCUCCCACAUUGCAGGUGAGGCAACCUGCAGCCCAGAUGGGUGUGGCCCAAGGGAGCCUGUUUUGCUGCUUUCUAGCUUUCCACUCUGGUGUGGUGUGUUUUGGCUCCUGCAGCCCGUGAAGCAACAGGGUACCUCUUUGAGCCCCAGUGUUCAGCCUUCCCCUUUGCCUAAAGCACAACUUCCCAAAUUCAAGUCAUAGGACUUCCCUGUAAUGAAAUACAAGCUCUGUUACAUUCUCACUGCUCUCAAAUGGGCAAGCUUGGUAAGUAAGGCAGGGAAAGGGAGCCCAGGCAGGCCUAGGAAAAUACAGUGGUACCUCAGGUUACAUAUGCUUCAGGUUACAGACUCUGCUAACCUAGAAAUAGUGCUUCAGGUUAAGAACUUUGCUUCAGGAUGAGAACAGAAAUUGUGCUCUGGUGGCGCAGCGGCAGCAGAAGGCCCCCUUAGCUAAAGUGGUACUUCAGGUUAAGAACAGUUUCAGGUUAAGUAUGGACCUCCGGAAUGAAUUAAGUACUUAACCUGAGGUACCACUGUAUUUUGCAUUCCAAGCAGCCAAGGUAGAGUUGUGAGGAGAAGCCCUGGCCAUGAAGCGGCGUUGGAAAUUACUCUGAUGUGUUUUACCUGAAUGUCAGUUCACCCUGCGCUGUGCAGCCUGAAUGAAACAAAACUCUGGUUGCCUGGAGGCUCUUUGCAGGUGCCCUUGUUAGUGGCUGGCAUAUAGCACACUGUAUAAGGCUAGAAUAAUAACCAUAAUCAGUAAUUACUAGUAUAGUAUAGUAUAAAACAGCUCAUGUAUUGCUAGGCUCCCGGGCUUGGUUUGUUUUUGAAGCAUAGGAGAGAAUCUUCUUUCUAUUUGUAGUAGAUUCUGCACAGAACUUGCUUCUCACAUGACCAAGAUAGAGGGGUCUUCAGAAAUAUCCUCUUCCCUUCAGAUCUGAGGUUGCAUCUUCGUUGCUCAUGCCUUGGCCAGGUUGUGUGUAUUUGGGCAGUUGGGGGGGGGGGGAGUGCAGAAACGCCUUGGCCUGAACUCACAGAUCUCUGUUACUUGGCAAGCCCAGCCAGAUCAGCUGUUCUGGGCUGUCAGCCUGCUCACUUUCUAUCUCUCCUGUUGCUAUUCUUGGUGGCCUCUAUCGCUGACAUCUUGAAGGGCACCUGUGAAACUGUCACCGGAGCCGUCAAAGGGUGGGGGAAUACUGUCUGUGUGUGUGUGUGUGUGAGAGAGAGAGAGAGAGAGAGAUUGUGAUUAUCCAAGCAUUUGUACUAGCCUUUCAACCAACUAGCAUUGCUAGCCUCCAAACAUCAUUGUUUAUUUUUUCAUUUAAAAUACCUUUAUGCUGCCUUCAAGGUUGCACCCACAGUACAACAAUAGUUAGAAGUGGGAUACUUCUUCUCUUUGUUUACUUUCUCUGCCGAUCUUAUCACAGUGAAGGGAAGAGUGGAUCAUGUCAGCCCUUUCCUGGAAUCAUUGUGUUUACCUCUGGCACACUGGCACAUCAGUUUCCAUUGGCCCUUAGUGUUUAAUGCUCUCUGCGUUUGUGUGUUAUGGGUGGAGCAUGCACAGCCUGAAAGGGAGAAGGGGCCCCUUCAGCCACCCAUGUUCGUUUCUCCUGAGGUGACUUUUUACUUUGGCCACUGGUCUGACAUUAUUAUUAUUAUUAUUAUUAUUAUUAUUAUUAUUAUUUAUAUAUGUCUCAGGACAAUUCACAGAAUAAAAUCAUAAUAUAAAGCCACAAAAUACAUAAUCAAAAUACAAACAACAACCCAUUAACCCUGCCAACCCCCAACAUUUUAAAAGGGCAUAGGAUGCCAAUCAAAUCAACCAAAGGCCUGGUUAAAAAGGAAUGCUUUUGCCUGGUGCUUAAAGGCACCAGGCGAACUUCCCUGGGGAGAGCAUUGCACAGAUGGGGAGCCACAGCAAAGAAGGCCCCGUUCUUGUGUUACCACCUUCCAGAUCUCUCGAGGAGGAGGCACACGAACAAGGGCCUUGAUACAAGGCAUCUUCCUCUGGUGAAAUGACAGGUGACAAAAUAGCUCCUUAGAUACCAUUUUCAGGUGUGGGCACCAGCGUGGUUCCCUUUGGGAGGCAUGAAGAUUUAGGAGUCAGGGAGAACAGCAGGGAACCCUCUUGAUGCUGGGAAUUAUGCAUGUUUUUGCAUUAAAAUAACUGAAGUGAAAAUGUAUCGCUUUGUCCAUCCUUCAUCCCUUCUGGCAAGACAAAAAGUUAUCCUGUGGUUUCACUUCUUAGCCUUGCGGCCGAGAAAGAAAGCAGAAGUUCUCGAAACAGAUAUUCCUCAUAUGUUCUCCAGCCCUUUUUGGUUCAAACUCUGAAAGAAAGAACAGAAAGUUCUCUUGCGUAGAUUCUGUGUAGCUUCCUUUUACUUUUGUCUUUCCAGCCUGUCUGGGGCUCACAAGGCGCCUCUUAAAUCACAAAGGAACUUGGCGCUGGGGAGGGUCCUGUUGCACUUCGAGAUUUUGUUUGACUGUUGCAGGGCACUCCUGGAAGUCACACUUGGCGUGGGUCCUGCAAGGCUGCCUUGGUUUUGUUUAGGACUAGCACAGCCGUCUGCCCUGGUGGUUGUACUUCAUGGGACUCCUUUCCCACUUUGACACGGCUGAGUCCCAUAUAGGCUUCAUGGGCGCUGGGGAGCAGUUAAGACUUUUGAGGGAGCUCUUGUCAGGCGUUGCCAUGGGAACAGAGAGGGAAGGUGACUCAGAGGCUCUGGUGGAAUCCCCUUCGCAGGCAGGAAGAGCAUUUGCCCAUUGCACAACAGGCGUGGAUGUCUCUGAGGCCUGGAGUGGGAACUCUGCAAGCAUCAGCUAGAGGGGCGAAAUUGUUUUCCUUCUGUAGUCUUGCUCGGAUACCAUUGCAUGGUUGGUGCAGCCAAGUGGGCUCUGUUGUCAGGCAAGAGGAGGGGAGAAGGGGGAUCAUGCCCUCAGUAUUAGGUUUGUCUAUCUACGUGCUCAGGCGCUGUAUCCCAGAUAUGCACAGAUCUGUCUUUCCCUCUGCUUCCUAUCAAAUGCAGAGAUGUGACUGAGGGUUGAGUAAGCUUGUGCCGGACCACUUGGGCUCCCCAUGCCCAUACAGUGCCCAUAAGAGGUUGGGCCACGGCAGUGCUAUUUUUCUAGAAAAAGAAGCACCAUAACUCACCAAGGCACUGUGGUUGAAACCACAGAGCCUAGGGCUUGCCGAUCGAUCAGAAGGCUGGCGGUUCGAAUCCCUGCGACGGGGUGAGCUCCCGUUGCUCUGUCCCUGCUUCUGCCCACCUAGCAGUUCGAAAGCACGUCAAAGUGCAAGUAGAUAAAUAGGUACCACUCCGGCGGGAAGAUAAACGGCGUUUCCGUGCGCUGCUCUGGUUCGCCAGAAGCGUUUUAGUCCUGCUGGCCACAUGACCCGGAAGCUGUCUGCGGACAAACACCGGCUCCCUUGGCCAGUAAAGCGAGAUGAGCGCCGCAACCCCAGAGUCGUUUGCGACUGGACUUAACGGUCAGGGGUCCCUUUACCUUUUAACUCACCAUGAACCCCUCCCUCCUCUGAUAAUGGCAACAGCACCCACCUGAGAAGGGCCGGAACUGAGUUGUGGUGAGUUCCGUCUGAAAUAAAAGCCCUGGGCCCAGGUGCCCCCAAGGAGUUUGCCCAGAGAGAUGGGACUGCCUUUUCUGGGGCUGGGGACAAAGAUUGGUUGCUCUUCCUCACACUGUUGUGGGUAGCAAGCCAGGCAGCUGAAGUUGGCUGCGAUCAGGAGGGAACAAGGUCUUGGUCUGUUUCCAAUUACGAGGACAGCAGUGGUAGUGGGAGCAGCACCUUGGAGAAGUCGGGUUUCAGGAGCUGCAGGGAACUGCCUUGCCAGAGUUUGCGCUCUGAGCAUUCCUGAGAGGGGCCCGGUGGGUCUGUCUGGCUGUAUGAAUGAGAGGCGAGUACUUGCUGGAAGCCAGGCGUGGAAGCUGAGUGGCCCUUUGGAGUGAUUUGGGACCUGCCCAGGGGGUUGAAAGCCAAGGAGGAGGGGACACCAGGUUGGAGAAAAGGUGUCAUGGUACGUCAGCCUCCUUUUCCAGAAGGAUACUCAGAAAUGAAGGGUUGCUACCCAGUCAGGGCCAAAGGUGACCUGCGCUUGUUGGGCUACUUGUGAGCAGGAGGAACUCGUUAUGCUGAGCUGAGUUGAUUUAAUAUUUGUAUCCUGCUUUUCCAGCAACAGAUGUCGAGCUCAAAGUGGCUCACAAUGAUUGCAGUGGCAUUAAAAAACAACACACAUUGCUGUCAUUUUAAUGCCAAACACAGUAGCAUAUAAGGCAAACAACAACAACAAAUUCACAUGAAAACAAAACGAUACAAUUCAGUAAAGUCAUAGUAUUGCCAGAAUCCUUCAUGAUCACAUGGACUCUCGCUCCAGAACAAUGAAAAACAGAUUAGCUAUUUGUUGUCCAACGCAUUGUUUUUCAGCACUGCAAUGGGUGGAAGCUGCAUUCGCUGUGCAUUCACUGUAGGCAUUUACAUGGAACUAUGCAGUUAAAAACUCUUUGGGGUGGGUCGGCAAGGGGUGUCCAGAGGAACACUAGCAGCGAGAAGCUCAGGAAACCAGCCGCCAGUUGCUCCUCAGCACAGAAUUCUGUCGCUUUUCCAGCUGAGCCAGUGCAGGCAAGGGAGGGGAUCUGCAGCCAAGGUGAAUUUAAAUCAGGGAUUUAAAUCACUAGUCAGUAAGACUUGAUUUAAAUCAUAUUUUUUUUACAGACUCUUUCUUGCUGGUAUAAUCUUAAUAUUUACAACUGGGAAGAAGGGCCUGGAACCAGUGAACUCUUAUUAGUUGACUGGCAAGCACUUCAAGGUCUCGCCAAGGACUUACAGAUCCCAGUUACUAUUUCCACCACACCCCACUUUGGAUUUGCUUCCACAUUCAGGUUCCUAUUCUGUACAGUUAAGUGUUAGUGCAGUUGUUGGAACCCAGUGGGAUUGGGAAGAGGUUGCCAGCCCUGAAGUGCCUUCAGCGCUUGCCUCAAGUCGUGAGUUGCACAGACAUGCAAUUGACUUGCACAAUGAUUACACAAAGAUCCCAAGACUUGCGGAGUAUUCUGCUCACACGGUUGCACUUUCAUUUUUACUGCUUCACACUUAGCUACUUGCGCAUGUCCCUGACUCAUUUCUCAUCUGCCCACCGCCACCCCUCUUACAAGCGGCCUCUGCUCCUGGGGAAGGAGCACUGAAUUCAGCGGAGGGAGAGGGGAAGACCUAGGCAUGGAAGUCAGAAGCACAUUCUGUGUUCAGAGGAGCUGCCGGGCUGCCUGGCUCUCUCAACUAGCAGCUCCUAUAGAUCAGCUGGAGGUAGGGAGACAGGGGCCUGUUGGGGGCUUUGUCAGGCAAGAUGAUGUGCUAGGCAGUUUGCAACGUGGUCUGGCUCUAGCAGCGGGCUCUCGGUGUGCUGAGAGGAGGGGUGCAUACCCUCUUCCAGUGUGCAUUUGUCCGAAAUGUCUGAACCAGGGUUGAACAUUGAGCCGUUCUAACUCCUGUGUGCAUGCAAUCUGCAGCAAGUGAACACCGGAUUGGGGACCCUUCCCUUGCCUGCCAGUGGCUGCUGGGUCCUCUGCAAAUUCUGACCGCUGUCUUUCUUUUCCUCCUUGCUUUCCCCACCUUAGGGCGAUGAGUCUAAGCCCCUGCUGCCCACUCCCUCCAGCCCACCCAAGCCCUUAAAUGGAGCCGAGCACAACUGCCACAACCUGCCUUCAGCCCGGACGGACGAGCAGGCUCUGCUGUCAUCGAUCCUCGCCAAGACAGCCAUGUGAGUUGAGCGCGUUUUUCUUUAACAAGGAGGUGAAAAGUCAAACGGGAUUCAUAAAAACAUAGAAUUGCAGAGUUGGAAAGAACCCAAAGGGCCAUUUAGGCCAACCCCCCUGCAAUCCGGUAGCAGAACGACUAGGACCAAAACAGGCUGUGCUGAACCAAAAGCAGCCUUCCCCAUCCAGGUGACGUUUUUGUCUACAGUUCCCAUCAGCCCCAGGUUCCUACGUGGUGCUGGGGAUGCUGGGAGUUGUAGUUCAAAACGUCUGGGCAGCUCCAGUUUUGCAAGAGCCGGCUUCGCAUAUCUCUGGCGGAGGAGCCUCCUGAACCACUUUCUGCAGAACUCUGAGGGUGGGAAGGACCUUGCGUGCUCAGAGGACCAAGGAUUGGAAGCAAGCAGUGGGGAAAGGACUGUGCCCCUCCUGGCCUGCCUGUGGUCUUCCAGCGGGGCACCGGCUAUGCUGGUCUCACACAUUCUAAGGGAAACCUCCAAGGAAGGGGGGACCCUGUGACCCCUCAGAUAGUUUGGGUUAAUUUCUCCUUCAGGGAGCGGGUCUUCCCAAGGCUGGGCCAUUAAGAUUCUGGGCCAGCGACAGCUAAAGUUUGCAACACCCAAAAAAUCAGAGUAAAAAGUACAGUGCAGAAGCUGCCUACCCGUGCUUGGCACGCUGGUGGAGGGUCCAUUCUCAGGUCUCCAUCGGCUGCUGAGAGGGUGGGUAUGCGCAGGACAUUUACUUUUAUUAAAUUUAUAUCCCACCUGUCAGGGGGCUGCCAUCGGAACAGGGGAGGGAGCCAGGGGGAUACAGAGCGCCUCAGGUGCUUCUGAGGAGCAGUGCCUCAUUGAGCGGUGGGGAAAGCCACGCCUCCAGUGGAGCAGAGGGGGAAGGGGGGAGCCAAGCGAGGGGAGGGCUCCAGGAUGCUACUGAGAGCCCAAGCGCAUAACCUAGCCCGGCUGGCUAGGAGGCAUCCGUGCCGCUUCCGUUGCCCAGCUUACACAGAAGGGUGAAACGUAAGGGGGGGAGGCGGAGAAUUGGGGUGUUUAAGUUCUUAUGUUUGGGGGGGGGACCAGAAGGGGCCACUCCUGGAAUCGGCAAGUGACUAAGACGGAGAUGAACUUUGUAGAUCUGCACUGUAAAUAGUUUUGCAAAAUAAAACCUGUACAAGACAGGUUGGAGUCCUGACUGGUUACUCACGAACAACCACCAACAGCAUCUGACACCGCCCUUCCUCUCAAGGGUGGAAAGCACAUCAACAAUAAAACAAGUUAAAAGGUCUUUAAAAAACAAUUCAAAGGAAAAGAGAGAGAAAAAACAAUUGUGCAUGGUCAGGUAUAAGAUGAGAUUAGAGAGACAGAGAGAGAAAUUUACAAAAGAGGCAAUACGGCAGUAUUCCAAGGUCAGACGUAUAAACAGCGGGUCAAAAACUUUUAUAACCGAAACCAGUGUCGGAUGAAUUGGCGUUUGGGUGGGAUUUGCCACCCACGAGACGAUUGUUAAAUGAGCUAUUAAAAAAAUCCACCAGACCAGCUGCAGAGUCCAGCGCAUCCACUUCCCCUCUGAGAACCUGAAGCAGGUGGGUCGGGGUCUCUGAUCUCUGCCCUUGCUUUCUUGCAGCAACAUCAUUGACGUUUCGGCCGCAGAUCAGCAAGGCAUGGAGCAGCACGAGUACAUGGAUAGAGCCAGGCAGUACAGGUAGGUUCCCCCCCAUCUUCUCCCCACCUGCUUCGUUGCCCUUCACCUGCCAAUUUUCGGGACCCUAAACUUAAGAGGUGGGCUGCUAAACACACAAACUGGGUACCAGGCAACUGAGAAUUGCUCUGCUGUGGGACUCCAUACUGGUCUGGGACCGAGAUGCUUCACAGGCCUGGCCCCGCUUCACCUAGAAGUGGAAAUAAUGUUCUCCCUUUAGAGCCGGGGUGGGCAGAUCAGAGUCUAUGGAUUUGCUUUGAGUCUCUGAACUGAUCCACUCCUGGUUAGCCCACCGUUUAUUUGUUUGAGGCGAAUAAUUUAGUGGGAGGUGGGGUGGGGUGGCGAGGGAAUAAUUUUGCUGUUCUUUUAGGAGCCAGAAGUGUCUGCUGGAAAACACCCAGAUCCAUAGCUGUCAACUUUUCCCUUUUCUUGCAAGGAAUCCUAUUUGGAAUACGGGAAUUUCCCUUAAAAACAGGGAAACGUUGGCAGCUAUGCCCAGAUCGGCCUUAGGGCAGCAGUUCCCAAACUCCCCACCCUGGAACGCUGAAAAAUUCUGAGCAUCUCGGUGAUCUUUUCUUUAUUUUUGCCUUUUAUAACAAUUGCAAUACGCUGUACUAGAUGCUGUAGGGCUGUAUUUUUACAAACAUCAAAUGACCUGAACCACAGGUGGUCCACAGACCCCGUUGUCGUCCCACACCUUAGAGCAAAGCCUAGAUGCCCACUUCCUUCUUUUUGCUCCCUGCUGGUCGGUCUCUCUCGCUCUCUCACACACACUCCCUUUGCUUCUCCUUCCUUUCCUUCCAGCACCAGGCUGGCCAUGUUGAGCAGCAACCUGAUGCACUGGAAGAAGCUCUCGACGCUCCCAUCGCUCACCACGCAGCCCCAUCAAGUGCUUGCCAGCGACCCCGUUCCCUUCGCAGACUUGCAGCAGGUGGGUACGCUCCCCCCAGGGCCACGAGGCUCUGACGCCCACUGACGCCGUCCCCCUGAAGCACGGCUGGAGAACACCUGUGGCCCUGCAGGUGGUGGGGUUGGACCACGACUGUGUCGUCCCGAAAGAGAGCUCGCGUGGCAUAGUGGGUAGAGUGUCAGGCUAGGUCGGACUUGGAAGACUAGGGUUCAAAUCCCCACUCGGGCACGAAGCACCCUCCAUGGGCAACCUUUGGGUCAUCAGCUGAACCUCCCUCACAGGGUUGUUGUGGGGUGGGGGACUCUGAAUUCCAGCCCUGCUUUGGCUCUGGAAGCUGGCAGAGUGAGCUGGCCAUGUGCACCAUCAAUGCUCAGCUGCGGGGCUGGGGCACGCCACCCUUCAGUAUCUAAUCAAUAGAUUAGAUCCUCUUUUUAAAAAGGGAGCUGGCCAGAGUCACUCUGUGGUUAUCAGCAGCUGCUGCCAUGGUGCCUCUCAGGACUGGUUGUUGAGAAGCAGCCGUGGGAGACGCUUCUGGCUGCCUUUCCCUGCUUUUGUGGGAUGCUGGAUGUGCCCAGGAGGACCACUGGGCUGGAUGAAUCUGCAGAUGGAUCCAGGUCCACUUUCUCGCCCCAGAUCGACGUGUCCUGCCCGAUUUUGUACGCUGCUUCAGAAAGUUUUCUGAUUAAGCAGUCUCUACAGUUUUUGUGGGACGCGGGUGGCGCUGUGGGUUAAACCACAGAGCCUAGGACUUACCAAUCAGAAGGUUGGCGGUUCGAAUUCCUGCGACGGGGUGAGCUCCCGUUGCUCGGUCCCUGCUCCUGCCAACCUUGCAGUUCAAAAGCACAUCAAAGUGCAAGUAGAUAAAUAGGUACUGCUCCGGCAGGAAGGUAAACUUGACUAUGCUACCACUCAGUGGAUUUGUAACUGGCUGACUGACCGAACCCAAAGGGUGCUCAUCAAUGGGGGCAGGCAAGGCCGGCCCUUCCAGGAGGCAGAGAGAAGCAGCUGCCUCGGGCGGCAAAUUCCGCAGGGCCAAAAACGGCCAGGAACGUGAGCUUGUGUGGUCUGCCCAGAGGUAGUCUGCUGCCGCAGGGUGCGGUGGAGGAAUGUUGCAUCCCCAGCUCUGAAGAAAUAGUCAACUUUUGCCCGGAAUUUUUGCAUUCGGGCAGCGAACAGGCUGCUCAUGGCAGCAGAGGCAUUGCGUCUUCACCUGUGGCCUCGCGCACCAGCAAUAUCCAGUUCCGCCUUCGCCACGCAGGGGACCACGGGAUGUUUUGGCCUCUGUGUGCUGGUUGGGGCUGAUGGGUGUUCGGAUUCCGAAACAUCUAGAGGUCCCCAUUUUGGCAAAAGCUGAAUCACUGGCGCUUUUGAGUUUGCAUACGGGCCUUGUCUAAAACUGAAAAAGGCUUGCCCCCUCCCCCCCAGCCCUGAGUUCAAAUCUUGCCCCCUAGAAUACGCUGGUUUUUGGGUGACGUGAAUCUUCUCCUGGAGUGCCCUGUAUACGGCUCACCCCUCCCUUCUCCCCGUCUCCCCGCAGGUAUCCCGGAUAGCUGCGUACGCCUUCAGUGCUCUCUCCCAGAUCCGAGUGGAUGCGAAAGAAGAACUGGUUGUACAGUUUGGGAUCCCCUGAUGCCGAUCCCGCAGACGUCUGCAACUUCUUGUUUUUUAACAACCUCCCACUUUUCCUUUCCUCUCCUUCGCCACGGUCGGCUUUUCACUGCAGUGGGACUUGUACGGAUCAGCGAUACACUGAACUUCCUGCCACUUGCGCCCCAGAGACAGUCGCCUCCGCCAGCUGCCAGCUCCCCGGGGCUGGUCGGACCCACGUUUCUUCCCCCUCCCGUGUGUGUUUUUUGGGGGGGCAUAUUGGUGCCAGCCCGUACAUGAAUUGGUUUCAGGAGGGGGCAGGCCCUGAACACUGCAUGCUAAGCCCGACUCCUAAAGAGGUGAGCACCGCACUAUUGGUUAUCGAGGGGACGGGAUCCUGAGGCCCACUGAUGGCGGGGGGGGGGGCAGCUGUGCUCGCUUUCAUUAUUUACCUUUUUCCCCCCUAAUAAGGCUCUGAAAUUCUUGCCUCCGGGGUUAGGGGGCUGAGAUGCGUUGCAGCUGCUGCCUGCCCCUUCCCACUUGGGGUUCAUCCUGCAUUACUUUCCCAUUGCUGCCUGCAGAAUGCUGGGCCUCCUUUUUAGGAUUUGGGGGGGAACCAACGAAGGGUGCGUUGGGUUGUCUUCUUCUUCCUAAUGGGAAGGAGGGGAGGGAAGAAGCCAAAGAGCAGCUUGCGGGGGGAGGGGUGGGGGAGCGGGACACAUCCUGCAGCUCCUCUUUUUUUGGUGUCUCACCCAUCACCACCCGCUUUUUAAGUGGCUCAACUGUCGUUUCGUUUUAAUUUUUUGGUUUCCUUUUUUUUUGCUAAAGUAGAUAAAAUAUAAGUACGUUCAUCAUCCACGCAAAA